AUGGUGCAUACCCUCGCGAAAGCAUCGUGUCUUCAGAAUCGCACGGAAUUCUGGCUCUUCUUUGCCUUCUUCUCUGCAAUCUCUGCAUUAGCAGUGCCCAUAGUGACAGUCGCGUACUCCCCGUCCUGGGCAAGAGAGCCUCAAGCACGGUCUACGCGUAACGAAUAUACUUAUGAAGGCGCAGACUAUCCACCGACAUGGGACAUAGCUUCAUACGACCCUGUGCACAUGACACUCGCAGCCACCAGCCACCAUUAUGCCCUCGACACCCCACACGGCAUCGCCGCAUGGAACAGCACUCUCCCUGAAAAUCGGGGCCUGCUCUACCUGGGACCCGAACAGCGCAUCUUCAGUAUCUCCAUGUUCCACCAACUGCGCUGUCUGGACAUCAUCAGAGCUUCUCUUGCCGUCCGCCUCGCAAACCGGGCGUCGUAUGCGGAGACUCCGAGUGCGCUGGACCAUCAUUGCAUGAAUUACCUCCGCCAGAUGGUUUCGUGUAGGGCGAAUGACAACUUGGAGCCUAUCGCGGAGCUUAAGAGGGAUGGAUCGACGAGGUGGGAGGUUAUCCAUGUAUGCCAUGAUUGGACGGCUGUAUACAAUGCGACGAUGGAAAACUACGAGGAUCAUCUGAAGGCGACAGGAGGGUGA